GGCUCUUGCUUGGGGUUCUCAGGAGGGGAGAGUUGGGAGAGGCAUUGCUGCUGAGGAAAUUUAUUUGAUAGAUUGAAGGUUUGAACGAGAGCUACAGAAACGACAGAGAAAAGUCCACACAAGCCAAUGGUGUUCGGGAGGAAAAUAAACCCAUUGCCUUGAGUGUGUAGGUGCCACUACUACUCUGAGAAAAUGGCAGAUGACGAAGAAUAUGAGGAGGUGGUGGAGUACUACACAGAGGAGACAGUCUACGAAGAGGUGCCGGGUGAGACAAUAACAGAAAUCUAUGAAACUACGACAACAAAGACAAUAUCUGACUAUGAGCAAUCACAACCUUCGAAACCAGGGCUGGCCCAGCCAGAAGCAGCAAAGCCGGCGGAGAGGAAGAAGGUUAUCAGGAAGAAAGUGGACUCUUCGAAGUUCAUGACUCCCUACAUUGCACAUAGUCGGAAAAUGCAGGACCUCUUUAGCAUAAAUAAAUACAAGGAAAACUAUGAAAAAGGAAAAGGACAGCCAUCCACCAGCACAACCGAUACCCCAGAACUUCGCAGAAUCAAGAAAGUACAAGACCAACUCAGUGAGGUUAAGUAUCGAAUGGAUGGUGAUAUUGCUAAAACUAUCUGUCAUGUAGAUGAAAAAGCAAAGGACAUUGAACAUGCAAAGAAAGUGUCGCAGCAAGUCAGUAAGGUUUUAUACAAGCAGAACUGGGAAGACAACAAGGAUAAGUACCUGCUUCCCCCUGAUGCCCCUGAACUUGUCCAUGCCAUCAAGAACACAGCCUUGUUCAGUAAGAAACUAUACACCGAAGAGUGGGAUGCAGACAAAAGUUUGUUUUACCCCUAUCAUGACAGCCCGGAGCUGAGGAGGGUUGCCCAAGCCCAGAAAGCUCUCAGCGAUAUUGCCUACAAAAAAGGUCACAUUGAACAGCAAACGCAUUUCACAUCUCUGGCGGAUCCUCCAGAUAUAAUAUUUGCCAAGAAAGUGAAUGAUCAAGCGAGCAAGCUAAAAUACAAGCAAGACUAUGAAAAUAAAGUCAAAGGCAAAUGGAGUGAGACACCUUGCUUUGAAAUUGCAGCCGCCAGGACAAAUGCUGAUAACUUCAGCACAAGGAAAUAUCAUGAAAGCUUUGAGAACAUGAAAGACCAGAUCUACUUCAUGCAGACGGAAACACCGGAGUACAAAGUGAAUAAACAAGCCGGGGUGGCAGCUAGCAAGGUAAAAUACAAAGAAAACUAUGAAAAGGAUAAAGGGAAAGCAGAUUAUAAUGUACUUCCUGCUUCAGAGAACCCACUGCUGAGGCAGAUGAUGGCAGCAGGAAAUACGCUAAGUGAUAAACGGUACAAGGAAAACUAUGAAAAGACAAAGGCAAAGAGCAUAAAUUACUGCGAGACCCCCAAAUUUCAGCUGGAUGCAGUUCUGCAGAAGUUCAGCAGUGAUACGAAAUAUAAAGAUUCCUACUUAAAGAAUAUUUUGGGGCAUUAUGUAGGCAGCUAUGAAGACCCAUAUUAUGCACACUGCAUGAAAGUCACGGCUCAAAACAGUGAUAAAAACUACAGAGCAGAAUAUGAAGAAGACAGAGGCAAAGGCUUCUUCCCCCAGACCAUAACUCAGGAAUAUGAAACUAUGAAGAAACUGGAUCAGUGUAAGGAUCACACCUACAAAGUCCAUCCAGAUAAGACAAAAUUCACUCAAGUCACCGACUCGCCUGUUCAGCUGCAAGCCCAGAUCAAUGCCAAACAGCUGAGUGAUCUAAAUUACAAAGCGAAACAUGAAAGUGAAAAGUUCAAGUGCCAUAUACCUCCAGAUACGCCCGCCUUUAUCCAGCACAGAGUCAACGCUUAUAACCUGAGUGAUAAUGUCUACAAGCACGACUGGGAGAAGACCAAAGCUAAGAAAUUUGACAUUAAAGUGGAUGCCAUUCCCCUGCUGGCAGCCAAAGCCAACAGCAAGAAUGCUAGUGAGGUGAUGUACAAGAAAGACUAUGAGAAAAACAGGGGCAAAAUGAUCGGAGCCCUCAGCAUUAAUGACGACCCCAAGAUGCUGCACUCUCUGAAGACGGCCAAAAUGCAGAGUGAUAGAUUGUACAAGGAAAACUAUGAGAAGACAAAGGCAAAGAGCAUGAAUUACUGUGAGACCCCUAAAUACCAACUUGAUACUCUCCUGAAGACCUUCAGCGAGGCUAAAUAUAAAGAUAAGUAUGUACAGAAUAUUCUGGGACAUUACAUAGGCAGUUUUGAAGACCCAUAUCAAUCACACUGCAUGAAAGUUUCAGCACAAAACAGUGAGAAAAAUUACAAAGCAGAAUAUGAAGAAGAUAAAGGGAAAUGCUAUUUCCCUCAGACAAUCACACAAGAAUAUGAAGCAAUCAAGAAGCUAGACCAGUGUAAAGACAAUGUCUACAAGCACGACUGGGAGAAGACCAAAGCUAAGAAAUUUGACAUUAAAGUGGAUGCCAUUCCCCUGCUGGCAGCCAAAGCCAACAGCAAGAAUGCUAGUGAGGUGAUGUACAAGAAAGACUAUGAGAAAAACAGGGGCAAAAUGAUCGGAGCCCUCAGCAUUAAUGACGACCCCAAGAUGCUGCACUCUCUGAAGACGGCCAAAAUGCAGAGUGAUCGUGAAUAUCAUAAAGACUAUGAAAAGUCAAAAACUAUCUACACGACACCUCUUGAUAUGCUCCAAGUCACUCAGGCUAAGAAAGCUCAGGCAAUUGCCAGUGACAUGGACUACAAGCACGUCCUACACAGUUACAGCUACCCGCCCGACAGCAUCAACCUGGACCUGGCCAAGAAGGCGUAUGCACUGCAGAGCGACGUCGAAUACAAAGCUGACUACAACAGCUGGAUGAAAGGCUGUGGCUGGGUGCCUUAUGGGUCCUUAGAAAUGGAAAAGGCAAAGAGAGCUUCAGACAUCCUUAAUGAGAAAAAAUAUCGCCAACAUCCAGAUACUUUCAAGUUUACUUCCAUUGAAGAUGCUCCAAUUACAGUGCAAUCUAAGAUUAACCAGGCCCAGAGGAGUGAUAUUGCCUACAAAGCCAAAGGAGAGAAAACUCUUCACAAAUACAGCCUGCCAGCCGACCUGCCCCAGUUCAUCCAGGCUAAAGUCAAUGCCUACAAUAUCAGUGAGAAUAUAUACAAAGCAGACUUGAAAGAUAUGAGCAAGAAGGGGUACGACCUGAGAACGGAUGCGAUUCCCAUCAAGGCUGCCAAGGCUGCCAGGCAGGCGGCCAGUGACGUUCAGUACAAAAAAGAUUAUGAAAAAGCCAAAGGGAAAAUGGUUGGCUUCCAAAGUCUCCAAGAUGAUCCUAAACUGGUUCAUUAUAUGAAUGUAGCCAAGAUACAAUCGGACCGGGUAUAUAAAAAUGACUAUGAGAAGACAAAGACGAAAUUCAACAUACCCCAUGAUAUGUUCAAUGUUGUGGCAGCUAAGAAAGCUCAGGAUAUUGUCAGCAAUACCAACUAUAAGCAUCCACUCCAUCAUUACACCUACCUGCCUGAUGCCAUGGACCUGGAGUUGUCUAAAAACAUGAUGCACAUACAGAGCGAUAAUGCCUACAAGGAAGACUACAACACUUGGAUGAAAGGCAUCGGCUGGAUACCUAUUGGGAGUCUGGAUGUAGAAAAGGUUAAAAAGGCGGGUGAUGCCCUGAGUGAAAAGAAGUACAGGCAGCAUCCAGACACCCUCAAAUUCACCAGCAUCGUGGACUCCCCAGUUAUGGUCCAGGCAAAGCAGAACACACAGCAAGUCAGUGAUAUCUUAUACAAAGCUAAAGGAGAAGAUGUGAAACAUAAAUACACAAUGAGUUCUGAUCUUCCUCAGUUUCUACAGGCCAAGUGCAAUGCUUACAAUAUAAGUGAUGUCUGUUAUAAACGGGACUGGCAUGAUUUAAUAGCCAAGGGCAACAAUGUGCUGGGAGACGCUAUUCCCAUCACUGCAGCCAAAGCGUCAAGAAACAUUGCCAGUGAUUAUAAAUACAAGGAAGCUUAUGAGAAGGCCAAGGGCAAGCAUGUGGGUUUUAGAAGCCUCCAGGAUGACCCCAAGCUGGUCCAUUAUAUGAACGUAGCCAAGCUGCAAUCCGAUCGUGAAUACAGGAAGAACUAUGAGAACACCAAAACCAGCUACCAUACUCCUGGGGACAUGGUUAGCAUCACAGCCGCAAAGAUGGCCCAGGAUGUUGUUACCAACGUCAAUUAUAAACAACCGAUACAUCAUUACACAUACCUACCUGACGCCAUGAGUGUCCAGCACACCAGGAACGCAAAUCAAAUUCAGAGUGAGAAUGUGUAUAAGGACGACUAUAACACCUUCUUCAAGGGCAUUGGCUGGAUCCCUAUUGGUUCUCUGGAGGUUGAGAAGGCCAAGAAAGCAGGCGAUGCAUUAAAUGAGAGGAAGUAUCGACAGCACCCAGAUACCAUCAAAUUCACAAGCGUGCCUGAUUCCAUGGGCAUGGUUCUGGCUCAGCAGAACACAAAGCAGCUGAGUGACUUGAACUACAAGGUGGAGGGGGAGAAACUGAAGCACAAGUACACGAUAGACCCCGAAUUGCCUCAGUUUAUUCAAGCCAAGGUCAACGCCCUCAACAUGAGCGAUGCUUAUUAUAAAGCAGACUGGAAGAAAACUCUCGCUAAGGGUUAUGAUUUGAGAACAGAUGCUAUUCCAAUUGUUGCUGCAAAAAGUUCAAGAAAUAUUGCUAGUGAUUUCAAAUAUAAAGAGGCCCACGAGAAAGCCAAAGGCAAGCAAAUUGGAUUUCGUAGUCUUCAGGAUGAUCCUAAACUGGUUCACUACAUGAAUGUAGCCAAAAUGCAGUCAGAACGUGAGUACAAAAAGGGCUAUGAAGCCAGCAAGACUAGGUACCACACACCCUUGGAUAUGUUCAGUGUGACGGCGGCCAAGAAAUCUCAGGAGGUUGCUACCAACACCAACUACAGACAACCCUUCCACAACUACACUCUGCUGCCCGAUGCCAUGAAUGUGGAGCAUUCCAAGAACGCGAUGCAGAUUCAAAGCGAUAAUCUAUACAAAUCCGACUUCACCAACUGGAUGAAAGGGAUUGGCUGGGUCCCAAUAGAUUCCCUAGAAGUGGAGAAGGCAAAGAAAGCAGGAGAGAUUCUUAGCGAGAGGAAGUAUCGCCAGCACCCCGAGAAGCUGAAGUUCACGUACUCCAUGGACACAAUGGAACAAGAACUUAACAAGAGUAACAAACUGACUAUGGAUAAGAGGCGCUACAUUGAGAAAUGGAACAAAGACAAGACCACCAUUCACAUCAUGCCCGAUACGCCAGACAUUCUACUCUCCAAAAUGAACCAAAUCACCAUGAGUGAUAAACUGUACAAAGCUGGUUGGGAAGAAGAAAAGAAGAAAGGAUAUGACUUGAGGCCGGAUGCCAUCUCAAUAAAGGCUGCAAGGGCCUCUAGAGACAUUGCCAGUGAUUUCAAAUACAAGCAAGCCUAUGAACAAGGCAAAGGGAAGCACAUUGGCUUCCGGAGCCUGGAGGACGACCCCAAGUUGGUGCACUUCAUGCAGGUGGCCAAGAUGCAGUCAGACCGGGAGUACAGGAAGGGCUAUGAGAAAUCCAAGACAUCCUUCCACACGCCAGUGGACAUGUUCAGUGUGGUGGCGGCCAAGAAGUCUCAGGAAGUGGCCAGCAACACCAACUACAGGAAUGUGAUCCACACCUACAACAUGCUUCCUGAUGCCAUGAACUUCGAAUUGGCCAAAAACAUGAUGCAGAUUCAAAGUGAUAAUCAAUACAAAGCCGACUUUGAUGACUUCAUGAAAGGCGUUGGAUGGCUCCCUCUGGGCUCCCUGGAGGCUGAGAAAAACAAGAAAGCCAUGGAGAUUAUCAGUGAAAAGAAGUACCGCCAACACCCAGACACUUUGAAGUAUUCCACCUUGAUGGACUCAAUGAACAUGGUUUUGGCUCAGAAUAAUGCCAAAAUUAUGAAUGAGCACCUCUACAAACAAGCAUGGGAGGCUGAUAAGACCAAAGUCCACAUCAUGCCCGAUAUCCCCCAGAUUAUUUUGGCAAAGGCAAAUGCCGUUAACAUGAGCGAUAAACUCUACAAACUUUCUAUGGAAGAGUCUAAAAAGAAAGGCUACGAUCUCAGGACUGAUGCCAUUUCUAUCAAAGCUGCCAAGGCCUCAAGAGAUAUUGCAAGUGAUUAUAAAUAUAAAUAUAACUAUGAAAAGGAGAGGGGGAAAAUGGUUGGUUUCCGCAGUCUUGAGGACGAUCCCAAGUUAGUCCAUUCCAUGCAAGUGGCUAAGAUGCAAUCUGAUCGGGAGUACAAGAAAAACUAUGAGAAGACGAAGACCAGCUACCACACCCCUCCCAACAUGCUCAGUGUCACGGCUGCCAAGGAUGCCCAAGCCAACAUCUCCAACACCAACUAUAAGCACCUGAUUCACAAGUACAUCCUCCUUCCAGAUUCCAUGAACAUCCAGCUGAGCAAGAAUAUGAAUCACAUACAGAGUGACAAUGAAUAUAAGCAGGACUACAACGAAUGGUACAAAGGGCUUGGCUGGAGUCCAGCUGGUUCCCUAGAAGUGGAGAAGGCCAAGAAAGCAACUGAAUAUGCCAGUGAUCAGAAAUACCGCCAGCACCCUAGCACUUUCCAGUUUAAGAAGCUGACUGACUCCAUGGACAUGGUUCUUGCCAAGCAGAAUGCGCUUACCAUGAACAAGCAAUUAUACACUGUUGAUUGGAACAAAGAUAAAACCAAGAUUCAUUUGAUGCCUGAUACACCGGAUAUUUUACAAGCCAAGCAGAAUCAAACAAUAUACAGUCAGAAACUCUAUAAACUUGGAUGGGAAGAAGCUCUGAAGAAAGGCUAUGAUCUCCCCGUUGAUGCAAUUUCUGUACAGCUGGCCAAAGCUUCGAGAGACAUUGCUAGUGAUUUUAAAUAUAAACAAGGCUACCGCAAGCAACUCGGCCACCAUAUUGGAUUCCGGAGUCUGCAAGAUGAUCCAAAGCUUGUGCUGUCCAUGAACGUAGCCAAAAUGCAGAGUGACAGGGAGUACAAGAAGGACUUUGAGAAGUGGAAGACCAAGUACACCAGCCCAGUGGACAUGCUGGGGGUGGUGCUGGCCAAGAAAUGCCAGGCCUUGGUCAGCGAUGUGGACUAUAAGAAUUACCUGCACCAGUGGACGUGCCUGCCCGACCAGAACGAUGUUAUCCAAGCUAAAAAAGUUUAUGAAAUACAGAGUGAGAAUAUGUAUAAGUCUGACCUCGAGUGGCUGAGAGGCAUAGGAUGGAGUCCCCUGGGUUCUUUGGAGGCAGAAAAGAACAAGCGGGCCUCAGAAAUCAUCAGUGAGAAGAAGUAUCGCCAGCCUGCAGACAAAAACAAGUUCACCAGCAUUCCUGAUGCCAUGGACGUAGUUCUGGCAAAGACCAAUGCCAAAAAUAGGAGUGAUAGACUUUAUAGAGAAGCCUGGGACAAGGACAAGACUCAAGUCCACAUCAUGCCGGAUACACCUGACAUUAUUCUGGCUAAAGCAAACUUAAUCAACACAAGUGAUAAACUCUAUCGAAUGGGUUAUGAGGAGCUGAAGAAAAAAGGCUACGAUCUGCCCCUUGAUGCCAUAUCAGUCAAAGCAGCGAAAGCAUCCCGAGAAAUUGCCAGUGAAUACAAGUACAAGGAAGGCUUUCGCAAGCAGCUUGGCCACCACAUUGGAGCCCGGGACAUCAAGGACGACCCCAAAAUGAUGUGGUCCUUGCAUGUGGCCAAGAUCCAGAGUGACAGGGAGUACAAGAAGGACUUUGAGAAGUCGAAGACCAGGUACAGCAGCCCCGUGGACAUGCUGGGGGUGGUGCUGGCCAAGAAGUGCCAGACGUUGGUCAGUGACGUGGACUACAAGAACUACCUGCACCAGUGGACGUGCCUGCCCGACCAGAACGACGUCAUCCACGCUCGGCAGGCCUAUGACCUCCAGAGUGAUAAUUUGUACAAGGCCGACCUUCAGUGGCUAAAAGGCAUUGGCUGGUUACCUAGUGGUUCUCUUGAGGAUGAGAAGAACAAGAGAGCUAUGCAGAUUUUGAGUGAACAUGUUUACCGUCAACACCCAGAUAAAUUCAAGUUUACCAGCCUUAUGGACUCCAUGCCGAUGGUUUUGGCAAAAAACAAUGCUAUUACCAUGAACCAUCGCCUCUAUACUGAAGCUUGGGAUAAAGAUAAAACCAGUAUCCACAUUAUGCCAGACACCCCUGAAGUCUUACUAGCUAAGCAAAACAAAAUAAAUUACAGUGAGAAACUAUAUAAACUUGGCCUAGAAGAAGCCAAGAAGAAAGGCUAUGAUAUGCGAUUAGAUGCUAUUCCCAUCAAGGCGGCCAAGGCCUCCAGAGACAUUGCAAGUGAAUUCAAGUACAAAGAAGGCUAUCGUAAGCAGCUCGGCCACCACAUUGGAGCCCGGGACAUCAAGGACGACCCCAAAAUGAUGUGGUCCUUGCAUGUGGCCAAGAUCCAGAGUGACAGGGAGUACAAGAAGGACUUUGAGAAGUCGAAGACCAGGUACAGCAGCCCCGUGGACAUGCUGGGGGUGGUGCUGGCCAAGAAGUGCCAGACGUUGGUCAGUGACGUGGACUACAAGAACUACCUGCACCAGUGGACGUGCCUGCCCGACCAGAACGACGUCAUCCACGCUCGGCAGGCCUAUGAAAUCCAGAGCGACAAUAUGUACAAGUCAGAUCUUCAGUGGAUGAGAGGCAUCGGCUGGGUUCCCAUUGGCUCUUUGGAUGUGGAAAAAUGCAAAAAGGCAACUGAAAUUUUGAGUGAUAAAAUCUAUCGCCAGCAUCCAGACCAAUUUAAAUUUACCAGUGUGACUGAUUCUCUGGAACAAGUGUUGGCCAAGAAUAAUGCCAUCACCAUGAACAAGCGUUUAUACACAGAAGCCUGGGACAAAGACAAGACCCAGAUCCACAUCAUGCCAGACACCCCAGAAAUUACGUUGGCAAGAAUGAACAAAAUCAACUACAGUGAGAGUCUGUAUAAACUCGCCAACGAAGAGGCAAAGAAGAAAGGCUAUGACUUGCGAAGCGACGCCAUCCCGAUCGUGGCAGCCAAGGCCUCCAGGGACAUUGCCAGCGAUUACAAAUACAAAGAUGGUUACCGCAAGCAGCUUGGCCACCACAUUGGAGCCCGGGACAUCAAGGAUGACCCCAAAAUGUUGUGGUCCAUGCAUGUGGCCAAGAUCCAGAACAGGGAGUAGUACAAGAAGGACUUUGAGAAGUCGAAGACCAGGUACAGCAGCCCCGUGGACAUGCUGGGGGUGGUGCUGGCCAAGAAGUGCCAGACGUUGGUCAGUGACGUGGACUACAAGAACUACCUGCACCAGUGGACGUGCCUGCCCGACCAGAACGACGUCAUCCACGCUCGGCAGGCCUAUGAAAUCCAGAGCGACAAUGUAUACAAGUCUGAUCUCCAGUGGCUGAGAGGCGUUGGCUGGGUCCCCAUCGGGUCUCUGGAUGUGCUCAAGUGCAAGAGAGCUACAGAGAUACUGAGUGACAACAUCUACCGCCAGCCUCCAGACAAGCAGAAAUUCACCAGCGUGACUGACUCCCUGGAACAGGUGCUGGCAAAGAACAACGCCAUCACCAUGAACAAGCGUUUAUAUACAGAGGCCUGGAACAAAGACAAGACUCAAAUUCAUGUCAUGCCUGACACCCCGGAGAUCAUGUUGGCAAAGCAGAACCAACUCAACUACAGUGAGACUCUGUAUAAACUUGCCAAUGAAGAAGCAAAGAAGAAAGGCUACGACUUGCGAAGCGAUGCCAUCCCAAUUGUGGCGGCCAAGGCCUCCAGAGACAUCGUCAGCGAUUACAAAUACAAAGAUGGUUACCGCAAGCAACUUGGCCACCACAUUGGAGCCCGGAACAUUAAGGAUGACCCCAAAAUGAUGUGGUCCAUGCAUGUGGCCAAGAUCCAGAGUGACAGGGAGUACAAGAAGGACUUUGAGAAGUCGAAGACCAGGUACAGCAGCCCCGUGGACAUGCUGGGCGUGGUGCUGGCCAAGAAGUGCCAGACGUUGGUCAGUGAUGUGGACUACAAGAACUACCUGCACCAGUGGACGUGCCUGCCCGACCAGAAUGACGUCAUCCACGCUCGGCAGGCCUAUGAAAUCCAGAGCAACAACAUGUAUAAAUCAGAUCUCCAGUGGAUGAGAGGCAUUGGCUGGGUCCCCAUCGGGUCGCUGGAUGUGGUCAAGUGCAAGAGAGCUGCAGAGAUACUGAGUGACAACAUCUACCGCCAGCCUCCAGACAAGCAGAAAUUCACCAGCGUGACUGACUCCCUGGAACAGGUGCUGGCAAAGAACAACGCCAUCACCAUGAACAAGCGCUUAUACACAGAAGCCUGGGACAAAGACAAGACCCAAAUCCAUAUCAUGCCUGAUACACCUGAAAUUAUGUUGGCAAGACAAAAUAAAAUAAAUUAUAGUGAGAGCCUCUAUCGCCAGGCCAUGGAAGAAGCCAAGAAAGAAGGCUAUGACUUGAGAAGUGACGCCAUUUCCAUUGUGGCUGCCAAGGCCUCCAGGGACAUCGCCAGUGAUUACAAAUACAAAGAAGCUUAUCGUAAGCAACUGGGUCACCACAUUGGUGCCCGAGCAAUCCAUGACGACCCCAAGAUGAUGUGGUCCCUUCACAUUGCCAAAGUGCUGAGUAACCUCGAGUACAAGAAAGAAUUUGAGAAAUACAAGACCAGAUACAGCAGCCCGGUGGACAUGCUUGGCAUCGUUUUGGCCAAGAAAUGUCAGACCUUGGUCAGUGAUGUGGACUAUAAACAUCUCCUUCAUGAGUGGACGUGCCUGCCCGACCAGAAUGACGUCAUCCACGCUCGGAAAGCUUAUGACCUCCAGAGCGACAAUUUGUAUAAGUCAGACCUUGAAUGGAUGAAAGGCAUUGGCUGGGUUCCAAUUGGCUCCUUGGAAGUUGUUAAAGCCAAGAGGGCCACGGAGAUACUGAGUGAUAAUAUCUACCGUCAGCGUCCAGAUGCACUGAAAUUUACCAGCAUAACUGACACCCCGGAGCAGGUGCUGGCAAAGAGCAAUGCUAUAAACAUGAAUAAGCGCUUAUAUACUGAAGCCUGGGACAAUGAUAAGAAAACAAUCCAUGUUAUGCCUGACACUCCAGAAAUCAUGCUAGCCAAGCUUAACAGAAUAAACUAUAGUGAUAAACUCUAUAAACUUGCUUUGGAAGAGUCCAGGAAGGAAGGCUAUGACUUGCGUGUGGAUGCCAUUCCAAUCCAAGCAGCCAAGGCUUCAAGAGAUAUUGCCAGUGAGUACAAGUACAAGGAAGGCUAUCGUAAACAACUCGGCCACCACAUUGGAGCCCGGAACAUCAAAGACGACCCCAAGAUGAUGUGGUCCAUGCACGUGGCCAAGAUCCAGAGUGACAGGGAGUACAAGAAGGACUUUGAGAAGUCAAAGACCAAGUACAGCAGCCCCGUGGACAUGCUGGGCGUGGUGCUGGCCAAGAAGUGCCAGAUCCUUGUAAGCGACAUAGACUACAAGCAUCCCCUGCAUGAGUGGACCUGUCUGCCCGACCAGAAUGACGUCAUUCAGGCUCGGAAGGCCUAUGACCUUCAGAGUGAUGCUAUUUACAAGGCUGAUCUUGAGUGGCUGCGAGGCAUUGGAUGGGUGCCCAUUGGCUCCGUAGAGGUCGAAAAGGUGAAGAGAGCUGGAGAAAUCCUGAGUGACAGGAAGUACCGUCUGCCUGCAGAUAAGCUCAAAUUCACAUGCAUUACAGAUACCCCAGAAAUUGUCCUGGCAAAGAGUAAUGCCCUGACAAUGAGCAAGCACUUAUAUACAGAAGCUUGGGAUGCUGACAAAACUUCCAUCCAUGUGAUGCCGGACACCCCAGAAAUCAUGCUGGCCAAGAGCAAUUCUGUCAAUAUCAGCCAAAAACUUUACACCAAGGGAUGGGAUGAAUCAAAGAUGAAGGACUAUGACCUGAGAGCUGAUGCUAUUUCCAUCAAAAGUGCCAAGGCCUCGAGGGACAUUGCCAGUGACUACAAAUACAAAGAAGCAUAUGAAAAACAGAAAGGCCACCACAUUGGAGCCCAGAGCAUUGAAGAUGACCCCAAAAUCAUGUGUGCCAUAAAUGCAGGGAAGAUUCAAAGUGAAAGAGAGUACAAGAAGGACUUUGAAAAAUCGAAGACCAAGUAUAGUACCCCAGUGGAUAUGUUAGGCAUCUUGCUGGCCAAGAAAUGUCAGACACUGGUCAGUGACAUUGACUACCGGAAUAUCCUGCAUCACUGGACAUGCUUACCCGAUCAAAACGACAUUAUCCAAGCAAAGAGGGCCUAUGAGCUGCAGAGUGAUAGUGUGUAUAAGGCAGACCUGGAGUGGUUGCGUGGCAUCGGCUGGAUGCCAGAAGGCUCAGUAGAAAUGACCAGAGUGAAAGGUGCUCAAGACCUGAUGAAUGAAAGGCUCUAUCGGACGCGACCAGAAGCCUUGACAUUCACUUGCAUUACUGACACUCCAGAAGUUGUCCUGGCAAAAGCCAAUUCUCUGCAAAUUAGUGAGAAACUGUAUCAAGAAGCCUGGAAUAAAGACAAAACCAACAUCAACAUUCCUUCCGACACGCCAGUCAUGCUGCAGGCCCAAAUCAAUGCCUUGCAAAUCAGCAAUAAACUCUACCAGAAAGACUGGAACGAGGCCAAGCAGAAAGGCUAUGACAUAAGAGCAGAUGCCAUCGAAAUCAAGCAUGCCAAAGCCUCCAGGGAAAUCGCCAGUGAGUACAAAUACAAAGAAGGUUACCGUAAGCAACUGGGCCACCACGUGGGUUUCCGCAGCCUACAAGAUGAUCCCAAAUUGGUAUGGUCUAUACAUGCUGCCAAGAUCCAGAGUGACAGGGAAUAUAGGAAAGCUUAUGAGAAGUCUAAAGGAAUUUACAAUACACCCUUGGACAUGAUGUCAAUUGUUCAAGCCAAGAAAUGCCAGGUCCUGGUUAGCGACGUGGAUUAUCGCAAUUAUCUGCACCAGUGGACGUGUCUGCCGGAUCAGAAUGAUGUGAUCCAGGCCAAGAAAGCCUACGAACUGCAGAGCGAUAACGUGUACAAAUCAGACCUGGAAUGGUUGAAGGGUAUCGGAUGGUUGCCAGAGGGUUCUGUGGAAGUGGUGAGAGUGAAGAAUGCCCAAGAUCUCCUCAAUGAAAAGCUGUAUCGUACAAAGCCUGAGACCCUCAAAUUCACCUGCAUUGCUGAUACGCCUGAAGUCAUUCUGGCAAAGACCAAUGCUCUACAGAUCAGCGAGCCAUUGUAUCGCGAUGCCUGGGACAAAGAGAAGGCUAAUGUGAAUGUGCCAGCCGACACUCCAGGGAUGCUGCAGUCCAAGAUCAACGCCCUGCAGAUCAGCAACAAACACUACCAGCAAGCUUGGGAAGAUGUCAAGUCGACCGGCUAUGACCUGCGAGCAGAUGCCAUUGGGAUCCAGCAUGCCAAGGCUUCCAGGGAUAUCGCCAGUGAUUAUCUAUAUAAGACUGCUUAUGAGAAACAGAAAGGCCACUAUAUUGGAUGUCGCAAUGCCAAGGAAGACCCUAAACUGGCUUGGGCAGCAAAUGUACUAAAGAUGCAGAAUGACAGGCUGUACAAAAAGGCCUACAAUGACCACAAGGCGAAGAUCUCCAUCCCGGGGGACAUGGUGUCCAUCAGCACUGCCAAAGAAGGCCAGGCAUUAGCAAGCAACGUGGACUAUCGCCAGUACCUGCACCAGUGGUCUUGCUUUCCUGACCAGAAUGAUGUGAUCCACGCCAGGAGAGCGUACGACCUGCAGAGUGAUGCUAUCUACAAGGCUGACUUGGAGUGGUUGCGUGGCAUUGGCUGGAUGCCGGAUGGGUCUCCCGAAGUACUGAGAGUCAAGAAUGCCCAGGAGAUCCUACGAGACAGUGUCUACCGGACACCUGUGGUGAAUCUCAAGUACACAAGCAUCGUCGACACACCGGAAGUUGUCCUUGCUAAGUCAAAUGCUGAAAAUAUUAGUAUUCCAAAGUACAGAGAAGUUUGGGACAAGGAUAAAACUUCGAUCCACAUAAUGCCAGAUACUCCAGAAAUUAAUCUCGCCAGAGCCAAUGCUCUCAAUGUGAGCAAUAAAAUUUACCGCGAGGGUUGGGAUGAAAUGAAGAUGAGCUGCGACGUGCGGCUGGAUGCCAUCCCUAUACAGUCUGCCAAGGCUUCCCGGGAGAUCGCCAGCGAUUAUAAAUACAAGCUUGACCAUGAGAAGCAGAAGGGCCACUACGUGGGCACCCUCACCGCCAGGGACGACAACAGGAUCCGGUGGGCCCUCAUAGCUGGCAAGCUUCAGAAUGAACGAGAGUAUCGGCUGAACUGGGCCAAAUACAAGACUAAGUUCCAAAGCCCUGUGGAUAUGCUUUCCAUCUUGCAUUCUAAAAAUUGCCAGGUUCUGGUCAGCGACAUUGAUUACCGCCAACGCUUACACCAAUGGACAUGCCUGCCCGACCAGAACGAUGUGAUUCAGGCCAAAAAGGCCUAUGAACUGCAAAGCGAUGCUAUUUACAAGGCCGACUUGGAAUGGUUGCGUGGGAUCGGGUGGAUGCCCAAUGAUUCCGUUUCCGUCAAUCAUGCCAAAUAUGCUGGGGAUAUCUUCAGUGAGAAUAAAUAUCGUACAAAAAUCGAAAGUCUGAACUUUACUCCUGUGGAUGACAGAGUUGAUUAUGUGACAGCGAAACAAAGUGGUGAAAUCCUAAAUGAUAUUAAAUACCGGAAAGAUUGGAAUGACACCAAAUCAAAGUACACCCUCACAGAAACCCCCCUGCUGCACACUGCCCAGGAGGCAGCCCGGAUACUGGACCAGUACCUCUACAAGGAAGGCUGGGAGAAACAAAAAGCCACAGGCUACAUUUUGCCUCCGGAUGCUGUGCCGUUUGUUCAUGCCCAUCAUUCUAGUGAUGUUCAGAGCGAGCUGAAAUACAAAGCUGAGCAUGUAAAGCAAAAAGGUCAUUAUGUUGGUGUGCCGACCAUGAGGGAUGACCCCAACCUAGUGUGGUUUGAGCACGCGGGCCAGAUUCAGAAUGACCGACUGUACAAAGAGGACUAUCAUAAAACAAAGGCCAAGAUCAACAUACCUGCUGACACGGUGUCGGUGUUGGCUGCCAAGCAGGGGCAGUCCCUUAUCAGCGAUAUCGAUUACCGUAAUUACCUGCACCAAUGGACAUGUCAUCCUGACCAAAACGAUGUUAUUCAGGCCAAGAAGGCCUAUGAACUACAGAGUGAUAAUGUCUACAAAUCUGACCUGGAGUGGCUCCGAGGCAUUGGCUGGAUCCCCCUGGAUUCUGUGGACCAUGUGAGGGUUACUAAAAACCAAGAAAUGGUGAAUCAGGUGAAAUAUAAGAAGGCUGCUCUCGACAACUAUCCUAAUUUUACAAGUGUGGAAGAUCCUCCAGAGGUUGUUUUGGCCAAGAUUAACUCAGUCAAUCAAAGUGAUAUAAAAUAUAAAGAAACAUUUAAUAAAUUAAUAAAGGGCAAGUAUAUAUUUUCUCCAGAGACACCAUAUAUCACCCACUCCAAAGACAUGGGAAAACUCUACAGUACCAUACUGUAUAAAGGGGCGUGGGAGGGAACCAAGGCCUACGGCUAUACCUUGGAUGAACGCUACAUCCCCAUUGUUGGAGCCAAGCAUGCUGACUAUGUGAACAGUGAGCUUAAAUACAAAGAGACAUUUGAGAAGCAGAAGGGUCACUACCUGGCUGGAAAAGAAAUCAGUGAGUUCCCUGGUGUGGUUCACUGCCUGGAUUUCCAAAAGAUGAGGAGUGCGUUGAACUACAGAAAACAUUAUGAGGACACCAAAGCAAAUAUUCACAUCCCCAAUGAUAUGAUGAACCAUGUGCUGGCCAAAAAGUGCCAGUACAUCCUCAGCGACCUCGAGUACCGACACUACUUCCACCAGUGGACGUCUCUCCCAGAAGAACCCAGUAUUCUACUGGCCCGGAAUGCACAGGAGAUCCUGAGUGAUAAUGUGUAUAAAGAUGACUUGAAUUGGCUGAAAGGCAUUGGAUGCUAUGUCUGGGAUACACCUCAGAUCCUCCAAGCCAAGAAGUCGUAUGACCUUCAGAGUCAGAUACAAUACACGGCAGCAAGUAAAGACAAUCUGCAGAAUUAUAGCCUGGUCACAGACACACCAGUUUACGUGACUGCUCUUCAAAGCGGCAUCAAUGCCAGUGAGGUGAGAUAUAAAGAAAAUUAUCAUCAGAUUAAGGACAAGUAUACGACAGUACUGGAAACAGUGGAUUAUGACAGAACCAAGAAUCUGAAGAAUCUUUAUAGCAGUAACCUGUACAAGGAGGCCUGGGAAAAGGUGAAAGCCACCAGCUACAUCCUGCCUUCCAGCACCAUGUCCCUGACACACGCCAAGAACCAGAAGGAUCUGGCCAGCAAUAUCAAAUACCGGGAAGAAUAUGAAAAGUUCAAAGCUCUUUAUACUUUACCUAGAAGUGUUGAAGAUGACCCAAAUACAGCGCGAUGCCUCAGAGUUGGCAAAUAUAACAUUGAUCGCCUGUACAAGUCCGUUUACGAAAAGAAUAAGAUGAAAAUCAACAUUGUGCCCGACAUGGUAGAGAUGGUUACUGCUAAGGAUUCUCAGAAGAAAGUCAGUGAAAUUGAUUACCGCCUACGCCUCCAUGAGUGGAUUUGCCACCCCGACUUGCAAGUCAACAGUCACGUCAGGAAAGUCACAGAUCAGAUCAGCGACAUUGUGUACAAGGAUGACCUCAACUGGUUGAAAGGCAUUGGUUGCUAUGUCUGGGACACUCCUGAAAUUCUCCAUGCCAAGCACGCUUAUGAUCUGCGCAAUGAUAUCAAGUACCAAGCUCAUGUGAAGAAAACAAGGAAUGACUACAAUUUGGUCAUGGAUACUCCAGUCUACGUCCAGGCUGUCCAAAGCAGGAAACAAAUAAGUGACGCUGUCUACCACUACGACUACGUGCACAGUGUCAGAGGCAAAGUGGCUCCAACUACAAAAACCGUGGAUCUGGACCGGGCUCUUCACGCAUACAAGCUCCAGAGUGAGAAUCUGUACCGAGACGCGGGCAAGCGCUCCCUGGCUACUGGAUACAGGCUUCCAGUCGACACUCCGCACUUCAAACACUCCAAGGACACCCAGUACAUGAGCAGUUAUUUCAAGUACAAGGAAGUUUAUGAACACCUCAAGGCAAAUGGGUAUACACUUGGCCCCAAUGAUGUUCCGUUUGUCAAUGUCCGGAGGGUCAACAAUGUUACCAGUGAGAGGCUGUAUCGGCAACUGUACCACAAACUCAAAGACAAGAUCCACACAACCCCUGACACACCUGAACUCCGCCAAGUCAAGAAGACACAAGAAGCUGUCAGUGAGCUGAUCUACAAAUCAGACUUCUUCAAGAUGCAGGGUCACAUGAUCUCGCUGCCGUACACACCCCAAGUGCUCCAUUGCCGUUACGUGGGAGACAUCACCAGUGACAUUAAAUACAAAGAGGACUUGCAGAUCCUGAAGGGAAUGGGCUGCUUCCUGAUGGACACUCCUGACAUGGUCCGUUCCCGGUUCCUGCGAAAGCUCUGGUCUAAUUACCUGUACACUGAUAAUGCAAGGAAGAUGCGAGACAAAUACAAAGUGGUGCUUGACACUCCGGAGUACAGAACAGUGCAAGAACUGAAGACACAUCUGAGUGAGCUGGUGUACAGAGCUAAAGGCAAGAAGCAGAAGUCCAUCUUCACUUCAAUUCCUGAUACACCUGAUCUUCUAAGAGCCAAGCAAGGGCAGAAGCUUCAGAGUCAGUAUCUAUAUGUUGAACUUGCCACCAAAGAGAGACCCCAUCAUCACGCUGGAAACCAGACCACAGCCUUGAAGCAUGCCAAAGACGUGAAGGACCUGGUCAGCGAGAACAAGUACAAGAUUCAGUAUGAAAAGAUGAAGGACAAGUACACCCCAAUCCCAGACACACCAGUCCUCAUCAGAGCCAAGAAGGCUUACUGGAACGCCAGUGAUCUACGCUACAAAGAAACAUUUGAAAAGACCAAAGGGAAAUACCACACCGUGAAGGACGCUCUGGACAUUGUGUACCAUCGCCGAGUCACAGAUGACAUCAGUAAAGUGAAAUACAAGGAGAACUACAUGAGCCAGCUGGGAAUCUGGAGGUCCAUUCCUGAUAGCCCAGAGCAUUUCCACCACCAGGCAGUCAGGGAUGCAGUCAGUGAUGUAAAAUACAAAGAAGAUUUGACCUGGCUUAAAGGAAUUGGUUGCUAUGCCUAUGAUACCCCCGACUUCACUCUGGCUGAACAGAACAAGACUCUCUACAGCAAGUAUAAGUAUAAGGAGAUAUUUGAAAGGACAAAGUCAAAUUUCAAGUAUGAAGCCGAUUGUCCAAUCAAUAGGCAUUUCAAGUAUGCAACUCAGUUGAUGAAUGAGAAAAAAUACAGAGCUGAUUAUCACCAGCGGAAAGAUAAAUACCACCUGGUAGUCGAUGAGCCUAGACAUCUGCUGGCUAAGAUCGCAGGCGACCAGAUCAGUCAGAUCAAGUACAGGAAAAAGUAUGAAAAAUCUAAGGACAAAUUUACCUCAAUUGUGGACACUCCGGAACACCUGCGUACUACAAAAGUCAACAAACAAAUCAGUGAUAUACUUUACAAAUUGGAAUACAACAAGGCCAAGCCCAGAGGCUACACCACAAUCCACGACACGCCCAUGUUGCUGCAUGUCCGGAAGGUCAAAGAUGAAGUCAGUGAUCUGAAAUACAAAGAAGUUUACCAAAGAAACAAGUCCAACUGCACCAUUAAGCCAGAUGCUGUGCAUAUCAAAGCAGCCAAGGACGCCUACAAAGUCAACACCAACCUGGACUACAAGAAGCUGUACGAAGCCAACAAAGCCCACUGGAGGUGGAUCCCUGACCGACCGGACUUCCUCCAGGCCGCCAAGUCCUCCCUGCAGCAAAGCGAUUUUGAAUACAAGCUGGACCGAGAGUUCCUCAAGGGUUGCAAGCUGUCCGUCACCGAUGACAAAGACAUGGUGCUGGCCCUGAGGAAUUCCUUAAUAGAAAGUGACCUGAAAUACAAAGAGAAACAUGUCAAGGAGAGAGGAAGCUGCCACGCUGUGCCCGACACUCCUCAGAUCCUCCUGGCAAAGGCUGUCAGCCACCUGGUGUCCGAGAACAAGUAUAAGGACUACGUGAAGAAGCACUUGGCCCAGGGCUCGUACACGACGCUGCCGGAGACCCCGAACACUAUUCGCGUCAAGGAAGUGACCAAGCAUGUCAGCGACACAAAUUACAAAAAGAAGUUUGUCAAGGAAAAAGGGAAAUCCAACUACUCCAUCAUGAUGGAGCCCCCAGACGUGAAACAUGCCAUGGAAGUGGCCAAGAAGCAGAGUGACGUUGCUUACAGAAAAGAUGCCAAAGAAAACCUGCAUUACACCACAGUGGCUGAUCGGCCCGACAUCAAGAAGGCCACGCAGGCAGCCAAGCAGGCCAGCGAGGUGGAGUACAGAGCCAAGCACCGGAAGGAGGGCAGCCAUGGGUUAAGCAUGCUUGGUCGCCCAGACAUUGAAAUGGCCAAGAAGGCGGCCAAGCUGAGCAGCCAGAUUAAAUACCGAGAAAAUUUCGACAAAGAGAAGGGCAAGACACCAAAAUACAAUCCAAAAGACAGCCAGCUCUACAAAGUCAUGAAAGAUGCUAACAAUCUCGCAAGUGAGGUUAAAUAUAAGGCUGACCUCAAGAAACUUCACAAACCUGUGACUGACAUGAAGGAAUCUCUGAUAAUGAAUCAUGUCCUGAAUACAAGCCAACUCGCCAGUUCUGUGAAAUACAAAGAAAAGUAUGAAAAAGAACGAGGAAAGCCCAUGUUGGACUUUGAAACACCAACGUACCUCACCGCCAAAGAAUCUCAGCAGAUGCAGAGCGGGAAAGAAUACAGGAAAGAAUAUGAUGAGUCCAUCAAAGGCAGAAACCUGACUGGCCUGGAGGUCACGCCAGCUUCAUUACAUGCCAAAUAUGCAACCAAAAUAAUCAGCGAGAAAGAGUACAGGAGAGAUCUAGAGGAAAGCAUCCGUGGGAAGGGUCUCCAUGAAAUGGAAGAUACUCCUGACAUGAUAAGAGCAAAGAACGCCACUCAAAUCCUCAAUGAGAAAGAAUAUAAGAGAGACCUGGAGCUGGGAGUCAAAGGAAAAGGCCUGAAUGCCAUGGCCAAUGAAACGCCUGACUUCAUGAGGGCCAAGAACGCCACUGAUAUCGCCAGUCAGAUUAAGUACAAGCAUUCAGCAGAAAUGGAAAAAGCCAAUUUCACUUCUGUGGUUGAUACACCUGAGAUCAUUCAUGCCCAACAAGUCAAAAACCUUUCAAGCCAGAAAAAGUACAAGGAAGAUGCAGAGAAGAGCAUGUCCUCCUAUGAAACAGUGUUAGACACCCCGGAGAUGCAGAGAGUGCGGGAGAACCAAAAGAACUUCAGCCUUCUCCAAUACCAGUGUGACCUUAAAAACAGCAAAGGAAAAAUUACAGUUGUUCAAGACACCCCAGAAAUACUGCGUGUGAAAGAAAAUCAAAAGAAUUUCAGCUCGGUUUUAUAUAAAGAGGACCCCUCGCCAGGAACAGCGAUUGGAAAGACCCCUGAGAUGAUGAGAGUGAAGCAAACACAGGACCACAUUAGCUCGGUGAAGUACAAGGAAGCAAUUGGCCAAGGAACCCCGAUCUCUGACCUGCCGGAAGUGAAACGUGUCAAGGAGACGCAGAAGCACAUUAGCUCGGUUAUGUACAAAGAAAACUUGGGAACAGGCAUUCCAACCUCUGUCACUCCAGAGAUUGAGAGAGUCAAACGCAAUCAAGAGAACUUUAGCUCGGUUUUGUACAAAGAAAAUUUGGGGACAGGAACCCCAACACCUAUCACUCCAGAGAUGGAGAGAGUCAAACGCAAUCAAGAGAACGUUAGCUCGAUUUUGUACAAAGAGAAUUUGAACAAGGGGACCCCCAUACCUGUCACUCCUGAGAUGGAGAGAGUCAAACGCAAUCAAGAAAACUUUAGCUCGGUGUUAUACAAAGAAAACAUGGGCAAGGGGACCCCUUUACCUGUCACUCCAGAGAUGGAGAGAGUCAAACACAAUCAAGAAAACAUUAGCUCGGUGUUAUACAAAGAAAACAUGGGCAAGGGGACCCCUUUACCUGUCACUCCAGAGAUGGAGAGAGUCAAACACAAUCAAGAAAACAUUAGCUCGGUGUUAUACAAAGAAAACAUGGGCAAGGGGACCCCUUUACCUGUCACUCCAGAGAUGGAGAGAGUCAAACACAAUCAAGAAAAUAUUAGCACGGUUUUGUACAAAGAAAAUAUGGGGAAAGCCACCCCAACCCCUGUCACUCCAGAGAUGCAGAGAGUCAAACGCAAUCAAGAGAACAUUAGCUCGGUGUUAUACAAAGACAACCUGGGCAAAGCGACCCCGACACCCUUUACUCCUGAGAUGGAAAGAGUCAAACGCAAUCAAGAAAACUUUAGCUCGGUGUUGUACAAAGAAAACAUGAGAAAAGCAACUCCGACACCUGUUACUCCAGAGAUGGAGAGAGCUAAGCGCAACCAAGAAAACAUUAGCUCGGUUCUUUAUUCCGAUAGCUUCCGGAAACAAAUACAAGGCAAAGCUGCCUAUGUCUUGGACACCCCAGAGAUGAGACGAGUGAGAGAGACCCAACGCCACAUCUCAACAGUGAAAUAUCAUGAAGACUUUGAGAAGCACAAGGGUUGCUUCACACCGGUGGUGACAGACCCUAUCACUGAACGAGUGAAGAAGAACACACAGGACUUCAGUGACAUUAACUACAGAGGGAUUCAGAGAAAAGUGGUGCAAAUGGAACAAAAACGGAAUGACCAGGAUCAGGAGACUAUUACAGGUUUACGUGUCUGGCGUACUAAUCCUGGCUCAGUUUUUGACUAUGACCCAGCAGAAGACAACAUUCAAUCCCGAAGCUUACACAUGAUUAACGCCCAAGCUCAGCGCCGGAGCCGGGAACAGUCGCGAUCAGCCAGUGCUCUGAGCGUCAGUGGCGGUGAGGAGAAGUCUGAGCACUCAGAAGGGGCCGACCACCACCUGUCCACCUACAGCAAUGGCGGCAUCUUUUCCUUCCUUUCAGCUUACAAACAUGCAAAAACCACAGAGCUCCCACAACAACGAUCAUCUUCAGUUGCCACCCAACAGACAACGGUAUCCUCUAUCCCAUCUCACCCAUCUACUGCUGGAAAAAUCUUCCGUGCCAUGUACGACUACAUGGCUGCUGAUGCUGAUGAGGUGUCCUUCAAGGAUGGAGAUGCUAUAGUAAAUGUUCAAGCUAUAGAUGAAGGUUGGAUGUAUGGCACUGUGCAGAGGACCGGCAGGACCGGCAUGCUCCCAGCCAACUAUGUUGAAGCUAUUUAGGCAUUUCAAAGCAUCAUGCCUGCCUACAGGAACUACAAAUCCUGCAGUCAGGAUUUCAGUUUAGACUCUCCACUAUUACCAAGUUCUCAAGCCACCCAAUGAUUUUUCUGUGUCCAUAUGAUUUAUGGUUGUACCAUCUUUCAAUAUGUUCAUAUAUGAACCUAAACAAUUCUCCAGUAAAAAAGUUAGCAUGACUAAUCUGUCCAGUUAUUAAACUGGUUUACUUCCUCAUUAUCUUCUGGACUUGCACAUAAGACAAAGGACAACACAAAAUCCAUAGGUUCAUCAUUUUUUAAAUUGCCACUAUCAAACUUUCUUUUAUUUCAGAAUAGACAUUUUAAAAGUUUCUGCAAUGUUAUAUUAUUGCUGUAUCAACCCAUUUCUCCAUUAUGAAAAUGUUUAACAUUAUUUCUUUUCUAAAACAACGUGAACAUGUAAACGUUAAAGGGAAAAUGGCAGAGAUGUCCACCUUUUCUGUGCUUACUGAAUGCUGAUGCUUUUAUUUCUAAUCCAGUUCUGAAGUUAUAAGCUGUUAGUCAAUAUAAAUUGGUAUAAGCUAGCAACUAAUAAAAUAUAUAAUUCUGCAAUAAAUGCCACUGAUGGAA